GCAUGCGUGGCACAGAGUCGGGUGCACGAGGGACAGGGCAUCCAGCUCAAAUACAGAAAAGGUGGCCCAGACUCCAGAGCAUGGUUGCAAUGCGCGCAAGGGACCCAGCGGAGGGAAGAGUGGAGAUAUCCUUUUUGCUCCAAAGCUGCAGGAAGCGAGAGAAUAGCCAAUGAGUUGCACAUAGAAGGAUGCAAAGCGGGUUCUUAAUUGGCCCAGGGAUUCUCAAGGAAUUCUUUUUGCAAGAUACCCAAAAGGUGGUGCAGAGACUGCUUUGCUGAACUUUUAUUGCAAGAGAAGUCCAGUUGACCUUCUACUGAAGUGUCUUGAACGAGCUGGCAGGAGCGGCCCGCGCUGCUCUUUGUCAUGGGGGCGGCUCAGCUGCUCCUUCGGGCAGCACCGUUGAUUGGCAUGCGAUACAGCGCAAAACAAUGCAACCUGGAAAGGGUUCUUCUAGCAGCUGCCGUACCACUCUAUGCGGCGUCCCAACGCCCCUUCCCGCUGCCUUUGUGGCGAGCCUUUUCAACAGCUGACGCCGCAGCAAGCAAUGAUGUUACUGUGGAAAGGUCUUUGCCAGAAAGGCCUGCCAUUGUACAGAUGCGUGCAGUCAAAGAGUCAGCGAUGGCAAUGGGGGGGCCUGCACGCAUUCAAAAGCAGCACAAAUCAGGCAAGUUGACGGCCCGGGAGCGUGUCCAAGCGUUGCUGGAUGAAAACUCCUUCCUUGAGAUGGGCCAGCUAGUUCAACAUCGAUGCCGAGAUUUUGAGAUGGACAAGAAACAGUAUCCAGGCGAUGGGGUCGUCACUGGAAGUGGCCUCAUCAAUGGAAGGCCUGUCUUUGUCUUCAGCCAGGACUUCACCGUGUUUGGAGGGAGCUUAUCCGAGACACAUGCCCUCAAGAUCUGCAAGGUUCUAGACAAAGCCAUGCAAGUGGGAGCCCCGGUGAUUGGACUCAACGACUCUGGAGGGGCGCGAAUCCAAGAAGGUGUUAUGUCACUGGCUGGCUAUGCAGACGUCUUCCAGAGGAACGUCCUUGCUUCUGGUGUUGUCCCCCAGCUUUCCAUGAUCAUGGGGCCUUGCGCAGGCGGUGCCGUUUACUCCCCUGCUCUGACAGACUUCACGUUUAUGGUCCGAGGCACUUCUCACAUGUUCGUCACCGGUCCGGACGUCGUCAGGUCGGUCACGGGGGAGACCGUUACACAGGAGGAGCUCGGCGGCGCCGAUUCCCACACCACCAAGUCAGGCGUCGCUCACGGCGCUUGGAACAACGAGCUAGACGCCCUCGCCGCCUUGCGACAGCUGUUUGACUACCUGCCCCUGUCCAACCGGGAAAAGGCGCCGCAGCUUCUAAGCCUGGACCCAGCUAAUCGCGUGACCCCCUCCUUGGACCUGGUCGUUCCCCGGGACACUAACGUCGCCUAUGACAUGCACGAGGUCCUCGAAAAGGUUCUAGACAACGGAGAGUUGUUCGAGAUCAUGUCGGACUACGCCAAAAACAUCAUCGUCGGGUUCGCGAGGAUGGAAGGGCACACUGUUGGGGUUGUUGCCAAUCAGCCGAUGGUCCAGGCCGGGUGCCUCGACAUCGACGCCUCCGUAAAGGGCGCCCGCUUCGUCCGCUUCUGCGACGCCUUCAACAUCCCGCUGGUGACCUUCGUUGACGUGCCGGGCUUCCUGCCAGGAACCGGGCAGGAGCACGGGGGGAUCAUCCGGCACGGCGCGAAGCUGCUGUAUGCGUACGCCGAAGCCACGGUGCCCAAAGUGACGGUCAUCACGCGGAAAGCAUACGGCGGUGCUUACGAUGUAAUGAGCUCCAAGCAUCUGCGAGGUGACGCCAACUUCGCCUGGCCGACGGCUGAGAUUGCGGUCAUGGGCGCCAAGGGGGCGGUCGAGAUCUUGUUCCGGGGCAAGCCGGCUUCGGUCAUCGCAGAGGAGACGCGCCGUUACGAGGAGCGGUUCGCCAAUCCAUACGUUGCGGCUGGGUACGGGUUCGUGGAUGACGUCAUCCUGCCACGUGACACCCGCGCGCGCAUCUGCAAGGAGCUGCGGGUGUUGCAGACCAAGGCCCUAGAAAAUCCAUACAAGAAGCACAGCAACUGUCCACUCUAGGCGAGCAUUCUUCAGGACUCCGGAGCUCUCCGAGUCGCCCGCUUUUUGGCUACGGUUGAGAUCAUUGGUGGCGGACUCGGUAGUCCGGCGGCCAUGUACAUACAUGUAGAAUCAGAAGAGAUGAUCGAGCAUCUGCUGGUGGGAUUUAGGUGACAAAAUAGGGCUGUGCUCCUCAACUCGGUGACAGAAGCUUAAGUCAAAUGCAGACUAACUAGACAAAAUCUAGACUAACCUCAUACUAGUCACCGCUGUCUGUAGCGUGCAUUCGACUCAAUACAGUGACCCGAAUCGUACAUGCGGCGGAGCUUGCUUUUCGCUCUGACUGCUUUCAUGCACUACUGUAAUUUGAGUCGGUUGCGCCGUA